AAGCAAAGAUGUUAUUUUAAUCACUUAUGCCUCAAAUGUCAGUCUUGGGAACUUUAUUUGCCAAGAUUAUUCACUCCGUAAAUAAUUUAAAAAAUGGCAAAAAGUUUGAAUGAAGAAAUUCAGCAGAUUUCGCUUCAUAACCCCAGACCCCUAGUCCUCCAUGGCUAUGUAGCACCAUUUAUGGUGUUAUAUAGUAUCUGGCUAUAUGUAUGGGUGGUCGUAUUCGGGGUUGAUGAAUUCUUUGAGCUGGGAUGUAUCGCUUUAGCCGGUAUCGGAAUUCUGCAAAUUUUGGUUUGUCUUUUCUGUUUCUGGUCUGUAGCCAUCAGAUGUGCAUUGACCUGUUCCAAGGGCCAAGAUCCAGCCAGUAGCAAGUUGGUGCAUGUUGUCCCAACAGAGAAUAAUGGCUUUGCUGCCUUACUUCCCCUGCAGCAUGAUAAGAAUUUGGAGACAGGGAAAUCUGAGAUUUGGUUCAUCUUUCAAAAGACUAAGUAUGUUUACGAUAGUGAGGAAAAGAAGCAAUUUCGUCCCAUACAGUUCCCUGUAAAUAACUCUAUGAGGGAGUACAUGGACUGGAAAGGAUAUCAAGAGGAAGUAGAACUGAAGAUAGCUGAACAAAAAUAUGGAAAGAAUAAGAUGGUCAUGGAUAUACCUCAGUUUGCCGAGUUGUUCAAAGAGCGCGCCACUGCUCCAUUCUUUGUUUUUCAAGUCUUCUGUGUUGGUCUGUGGUGUUUAGAUGAGUACUGGUACUACAGUGUGUUCACCCUUUUUAUGCUGAUAGCCUUUGAGGCAACUUUAGUAACACAGCAGCUGAAGAAUAUGACAAUGAUUCACAGUAUGGGCAAUAAACCAUAUUUAAUUCAAGCAUUCCGUAACAGAAAAUGGCGACCAAUAAUGAGCGAUGAACUUGUCCCUGGAGACCUGAUUUCAGUUGGUCGAUAUCAGGAUGAUAAACUUGUGCCUUGUGACCUGCUCCUCUUGCGGGGUUCUUGUAUCGUAGAUGAGUCUAUGUUGACAGGGGAAUCUGUUCCUGUCAUGAAGGAGCCAAUUGAAGUGCUAGAACCUGAGGAUGUGUUAGAUACUACAUGCCAUGGUAAACUGCACAUGUUGUAUGGGGGAACAAAAGUUGUACAGCAUACUCCUCCCAGCAAGACUGGUCCUGGCAUGAAAGCUGCAGACAAUGGGUGUAUAGCAUAUGUGUUGCAGACUAGCUUCCACACCUCCCAAGGUCGCCUUCUGAGGACAAUUCUCUACGGUGUUAAACAAGUUACAGCCAACAACCUCGAGACUUUCUUCUUCAUUCUUUUCCUCCUAUUCUUUGCCAUCAUUGCUUCAUCUUAUGUAUGGAUUGAAGGGACAAAGAAUCCUAACAGGAAUAGAUACAAGUUGUUCCUAGAGUGUACGUUGAUCUUAACGUCUGUUGUACCUCCAGAGUUACCCAUAGAACUCUCUUUGGCAGUCAAUACAUCUCUUAUAGCACUCACCAAGUUAUAUGUCUUCUGUACAGAGCCAUUCAGGAUUCCAUUUGCUGGAAAGAUUGACAUCUGUUGCUUUGACAAGACAGGAACCCUUACCAGUGAUAACUUGGUAGUAGAAGGGUUGGCUGGCAUUGAGGAUAAAGACAAACUUUGUGCUGUUAGUGAUGCCCCACUAGAAGCAAUACAGGUAUUAGCAUCAUGCCACUCCCUGGCACAGCUAGAUGAUGGGGAUAUAGUGGGUGACCCACUGGAGAAGGCAACUCUCCAAGCAGUUGAAUGGAACAUUACAAAAGGAGAUGCAGUUGUUCCUAAGAAAAAAGGCAGCCACCCAUUAAAGAUAUUCCACAGGUUUCAUUUCUCCAGUGCCCUGAAGCGCAUGUCUGUUAUUGCUGGUUAUACCCCUCCAGGCUCUGUAGAGACAGAUUACAUUGCAACAGUGAAGGGAGCCCCGGAGACACUUCGAUCUAUGUUUUCUCAUGUGCCCUCCCACUAUGACAAGGUCUACCUAAAUAUGGCCAGAAGAGGGGCAAGAGUCUUGGCUCUAGGACAUAAAAAACUUGGCAGUCUGUCACACCAAAGAGUGCGUGAUAUGAUUAGAGGUGAUAUAGAAAAUGGACUGACAUUUGCUGGCUUUGUUAUUAUAUCUUGCCCACUAAAAUCUGACUCCAAGUCUGUCAUCAAAGAAAUUCUGCAUGCAUCCCAUUAUGUCACUAUGAUAACUGGGGACAAUCCAUUAACAGCUUGUCAUGUAGCUAAAGAAUUGAAGAUCACACGUAAGGAACACACACUAACAUUGUGCCCCAAGGAGAACUCGGAUGAUUGGCACUGGGUGAGUAUAGAUGGCACUGUCACUCAACAUGCUAUACCUGACGAUGGUUUCAAGAGGCUUCUCUCGACAUAUGAUCUUUGUCUCACAGGAGAGGCAUUAAAGCAGCUCCAAAGGAACAGUAGCAAAUUUCUGGCAAGAAUUCUACCUCAUGUCAGAGUAUUUGCAAGGGUGGCACCUAAGCAAAAGGAGGUUGUCAUCACCACAUUGAAGCAGCUUGGGUUCACAACACUCAUGUGUGGCGAUGGGACCAAUGAUGUAGGGGCUUUGAAACAUGCUCAUGUUGGUGUAGCUUUAUUAGCAAAUGCACCAGAGAAAAUCCCAGAGAAGAAAAAGAAGAAAGAUGAAGGCUCCAGUGUAGAUGGAGAUGUUUCAACUAAUGAUAGAAUAGCUCAGUUGGAAAAGAAAGGAAAAAUUGGUGCUAGAAAUGUCAGAUCUCGCAGUCAUCCUAAAGAUAAUGUCAUACCUGCACAGAAGAAACUGCAGGCUUUAAUGAAGGAAAUGGAAGAAGAAGAGAAAGCUCAAGUUGUCAAAUUAGGCGACGCCAGUAUAGCUUCCCCAUUCACAUAUAAACUCUCUAGUUGUGUAGCAGUAAGUCAUAUAAUCAAGCAGGGCAGAUGUACCUUAGUGACCACUCUCCAGAUGUUCAAGAUUCUGGCUCUAAAUGCUCUGAUCUUGGCCUACAGUCAGAGUGUGUUAUAUCUAGCAGGGAUCAAGUUCAGUGAUGCCCAGGCUACCAUGCAGGGACUGCUUCUUGCUGGUUGUUUCUUAUUUAUAUCAAGGUCAAGGCCAUUAAAAGUAUUAUCCAAGGAGAGGCCACUACCAAAUAUAUUUAAUGUCUAUACUAUACUGACUGUCCUGCUGCAGUUUGCUGUCCACUUCUGGUCAUUAGUUACAUUGAAACAUCAGGCAGAAAUCCACUCACCUAAAAACAUGACUAAUAUUACAUUAGGUGAAGAUGGGGAAGAGAUUGAAACAUUCAUAGAUCUAGAGGCUGACUUUGCUCCCACCCUACUCAACUCUACCAUAUAUAUCAUAUCCAUGGGAAUGCAGGUCACAACAUUCGCUGUCAAUUACAAGGGCCAUCCGUUCAUGGAGAGUCUCAGAGAGAAUAAGCCUUUGUUGUACAGUCUCUUCUUCUCCUUUGGGUCUGUAGCUGCGCUUGCCUCGGGUCUUGUACCUGACAUAGCCAAGCAGUUUGAAAUAGUUGAACUCCCAUAUGAGUUCCGCAACAUUGUCUUGGGUGUGCUAGCCGCAAACUUGGUGGCCUGUUAUGUUCUAGACAGGACUUGUCAAUUCAUAUUUGGAAAUUCAAGACUUCGGAGUUAGCAUUCAGCAAUAUAGGAAAUAAUGAAUUUGAAGAUCUUAAUAUUCCUGAGGGUUAUUUAUUCUGCAAUUGUGAAUUGUGAUUUAGUUUUUAUUUUGUGCAUGGAAUUAGAAGAUGGGACUCAAUAGGAAGAAAAAAUCUACAGCCGCUGAUCUUGUCUGGAAUCUGAUCAUAACAUCAUUUCUUUGGGAAAAAUAACCAAAAUGUUCCAGCUAUAUGCCUCGGUCACAUUUGCUCAAAUUCAUCGCAGGCGCCUGGCUGAUUGCAGUAUUUUGUUCAAAACUGAUUUCAACUUGCUUCAAAACCAAAUUUUUUUAAAAAUCAUGUACAAGUUCUUAGAAGUUCACAUCUGACCUCAAAUUUGAGAUUUGACCUUCA